AUGCUAAAAAUAAUAUUUUGAGUGGUGGAGUUUUAUUAUUAUAUUUUCUCUGAUGAAGCUAAAUUUUAUUUAAAAAUAUAUAGUACUAUUUCAUUAGAAUCUAAAGUUUAUAUUUUGGGGAAUAUUUAGAAUGGAGUCAACAUUAGUUCGAGAAUUUUUGCAAGAUUCCUACAAAUUUGCUUGCAAUUCAAGAAUAUUAAGCUCCAUUCAGGCUCCAGAAGGAAGCUGGAAAAUCAAACUUGAUCGGACUGUUUUUCAUCCUCAAGGGGGUGGCCAGCCAAGUGACUCUGGCUUUAUCACCCAGGGAGAGAUAAAAUUCCAAGUAGCUACUUUGGAGAAUGAUAAAGAGGAUGAAAAUAUCUGGCAUGUUGGGAAAUACUUGGGAGAAACUGUUUUUGAUAAUUCAGGUGAAGUAAUUGCUGAAAUCGAUGAAAAUCAAAGAAGGCUUUUUGCAAGGCUGCACUCAGCCGGGCACUUAAUUGACUUAGCUGUGCAUAGUUUGGGGUAUAACUUGCCUCCUGGAAAAGGUUUUCACUUCCCAAGAGGAGCUUAUGUUGAGUAUUUAGCGCUUUUACCAAAUGAAGAAAGAGAUACUGCAGCUCCAAGAAUUAAUGAGGUGCUGGAAAAGCUCAUUGCAGAAACUGAAGAAGGGACAAGUGUGAGACUUUAUGAUUAUGAAGAAGCUAAGGCUAAUUUUGAUAUUCCUAGCUUUUUUCAGCCUGGGAAGCCUAUUAGAAUUGUGAAGCUCUGCAAUGCUGAUGCAGGCGGACCAUGCGGAGGGACUCACGUCAAGCAUAUAAGAGAGAUUGGGAGGGCCAUAGUUACAAAAUUGCAGAAAAAAGGGAAAAAUUUACGAGUUUCAUAUGAAUUAGCAGAUAAUUAA